GGAGAAUCCAUCCUCAACAUACAGGAUUCUGAAGACUAUCCACCUUCAAGAUAACUCUGCAACUAUAGAAAAUAAUGGUGAUCUGCCAAUGAUAGCAUUUCAGUCACACCAUAUAUGUCACAUAGUCACAGUAUAUCACCUGUAGCAAAGAAGAAAUUUUUUUUUCCAUCAUCCAGAAACAACCAUAGAUAAGUUUGUGGUAAGAACCAGGAGAUUACAAAAAAAGGUAAUUGAUUAAAACCUUGCCUGGUUUGUUUAUGCAACAAACCCUCCUUUCCGUAUGAUUGAGAAUCCACAUUUCAUUAACAUGGUUCAGUCAUUAAGACCAGGAUAGAGUCCACCCAACGGAGCAGAUGUUGCAGGCAAAUUGCUGGAUAAAGUGUACGAGAAAAAAAUUGAGCAGUGUGCAAAAGGUCUAGAGGGUGAAAUUGUUAGCCUGAGUCUUGGUGGGUGGAGCAAUGUCCACGAUGAUCCUGUUAUGUGUGCUUGUGUGACAACAGAAGAAGGGAAUGUCUUCCUUACAGAAACUAUUGAUACAUCAGGAAAUACACACACAGAAGAAUACUUACUAGAAGUAGCAGUAAAAGCUAUAACAAACUGUAGAAAAAAAAUUCAAAUGUCUAGUACGCAGUUUGGUCACGGACAAUGCUGCAAAUGUAUCCAAGAUGAGAAGAAAUUAUUUAGAAGAGAGUGAAGAGAGUCCCAAGCUAAUAACAUACGGUAGCAGUGCUCAUUUGAUGCACCUCCUAGCCAAAGACUUCAGUGUUCCAGAAAUAAAGGCUAAUGUUGAAAUUGCAAAAUACUUCUGUAACAACCACUUCACAGCAGCUGCUCUGAAAAAAGUGGGAGGAACCAAGUUAAUUCUCCCACAGGAUGUGGGAUGGAACUCAGUAGUGGACUAUUUUGAGCACUAUAUCAAGAACUGGCCUAAUCUGAUGACAGUUUGUGAACAAAAUCAUGAAAAGUUAGGUGACACGAUCGCAACCAAAGUUCUCAACAUUGGCUUAAGAGAAAUGUUGAACACAUGCUGAGUACCCUGAAGCCUAUUUCUGUAGCCUUCAACAAAAUGCAGGAAAAUAGCUGUUCCAUUGCUGACGCUGUUGAAAUUGGGAAAGAACUGAGUGAGAUCUUGAAGAGAAAUAUGCAAUGACAGAGUUAAAUCACAAGCCUUAAAAAAAUGAAUGGGACAAGCACUAUCUACAGCUCAUUUUCUUGCAGAUAUUCUCAGUACUCGGUACCAGGGUCAAGCCUUAACUGUUGAAGAAGAGGAGUUGGCUAUGACAUGGCAUUGUGGAGGGAUGAUUGUUGGAUGUACAACUAUAAUAAACUUCAGAACUAAGGGUGAACCAUUCAAGAAAUAUGUUUGCUGAUGAUGUGAACUGGUGGAAUUCACUUAAGCACUUGGAUUCAGAGACUGCUGAAGUGUUAAUCUCACUUUUAUCAGCAUUAGCUGCUUCUGCUGGUGUGCCAGUGAAAGUGUGGGGAAACAUAUGCUUGAAGCAUGCAACAAUAAUCUAGAGAUGGCUGUCACUAUGUUUCUGGAUAGUGGAGGCAUAGCAGAGGAGCCCAGCACCAGUUCAGCAGCGGUGUCAACUGUCCGACCAGAUACAGAGGAUGAAGUACGAGCACCAAUUCCACAAAAGCAGGAAAUUUUGGUAGAGCCGGAGCCCUUGUUUGGAGCUCCUAAACGACGCAGACCUGCCCGUUCAAUAUUUGAUGGUUUUCGGGAUUUUCAAACAGAAACCAUUCGACAGGAGCAGGAGCUGCGGAAUGGAGGUGCAAUAGAUAAGAAACUCACUACUCUUGCAGACCUCUUCAGGCCUCCCAUUGAUCUGAUGCACAAAGGCAGCUUUGAAACGGCCAAAGAGUGUGGUCAGAUGCAGAAUAAAUGGCUCAUGAUUAACAUCCAGAAUGUGCAGGACUUCGCAUGUCAGUGUCUCAACCGUGACGUCUGGAGCAACGAGGCUGUGAAGAACAUUAUCCGGGAGCAUUUCAUUUUUUGGCAGGUAUACCAUGAUAGUGAGGAAGGACAGAGAUACAUACAGUUUUAUAAACUGGCAGAUUUCCCUUAUGUCUCCAUUCUGGACCCCAGGACAGGCCAGAAAUUAGUGGAGUGGCACCAACUGGAUGUAACUUCUUUUUUGGACCAAGUGACUGGUUUCCUGGGUGAACAUGGUCAACUGGAUGGACAUUCUACCAGCCCUCCCCAAAAAUGUUCCCGCUCUGAAAGCCUCAUUGAUGCUAGUGAGGAUAGUCAGAUGGAAGCUGCCAUCAGGGCCUCCCUGCAGGAGACGCAUUUUGAUUCCUCCCAGGUCAAACAGGACAGCCGAUCAGAUGAGGAGUCUGAAUCUGAGCUUUUCUCUGGAAGUGAGGAAUUUAUUUCUGUUUGUGGCUCUGAUGAUGAUGAUGACUCCGAGAAUCCUGCCAAGUCUAGAAAGUCUCCACACAAGGACUUAGGGUGUAGGAAAGAGGAGAGCCGUAGGCCUCCACCUGAGCCCCCCACAAGGACUGAGCCUGGAAUAACAUCAAACCAUCGAGUAGUGUCCUGCAUUGAUGCUGGGAUAUUGGAAGAAUCGGCUGACAAGCCUGACAGUGCAAUGGAGGGAUUGGAUGUGAAUGGACCAAAGGCACAGCUGAUGCUAAGGUAUCCAGAUGGAAAGAGGGAACAAAUUUCACUGCCUGAACAAGCUAAACUUCUGGCUCUUGUGAAGCAUGUCCAGUCAAAAGGAUACCCUAAUGAACGUUUUGAACUUCUCACCAACUUCCCUCGAAGGAAGCUUUCUCACCUGGACUAUGACAUCACAUUGCAGGAGGCUGGCCUGUGCCCUCAAGAGACUGUCUUUGUGCAGGAAAGGAAUUAGCACCAUGGCCUGAGCUCUCCCAGCCUCCCUCCCCUCCCCCUCUUUGCCUGUGAUACCAACGUACUAAGUAUGCAGCUGGGCUCAUGGGAUCACCGAGCUGAAAUCAGGCAGGCAGGCAUUUGCCACAUCUCCCUCUUCCUCCUUUCUCCUAGUCUUGUGACCAAAUGAAAAUGCUAAGAUGUGAGCUUUCCCAGCUUUGGGCUUGGAAAAAUCAUGCUCUAAUUGUGGAGGAACAUGCCUCCUACAACUGCACAUCCCUUUCUAAAAAUAAAAGGAUUGUGUGUGUAUCCAACGUGCUGGGGUUAGGGAUGGCCAUAACAAACAGAUAUUUCUCACUGCUACCCCUAAAAAAAUCUAUUUUGUUAAUAUAUUUUAUUUUUAUUGAGAAGUACCAUGUGGCUAGGCACUGAGUUGUCUCCCUACACAGAGAAAUUGUAAUUUGCAGUAGAGUUUUUCUUGGUUUUGGUUUUCUACACAAAAGGUCUCCAUUAACCUUACAGUCUUGUGAGGAUCCCUUGUCGUGUCCUUUGCAGAAUACUGAAAUGCUGGAAGGAUAUGGUGUGAGCUAUGUUUAGCAAUUCAGGCUGCGGAAGCUUGAUAGAUUACACAUGCAUAUUUUUACUUCUUUUCCUGCUGAUGAGGUGACCUCUUGUUUUAAGUGAGGGUUGACCUGCCAGGGGAUUUGGCACAUAUUUAGCAUGCCUGAUAUGGGAAUUGGAUGCUUGGUGUGGAGCUGAAACCUCCUGUUUUCAUAGUUAGAACUUACUCCUCCAGAAUCUAUUCUCCUAUUCCAAAAUAUGGCCUCUUUGUUGUCAGGACUUUAUUGGUGGUGGGAUAUUGUAAGAAUCUCAAACUUUCUGUAAAACUUUUGCCAUCAUACAACUUAAAAACUAAUUUGAUUCUUUGUUUCCUAGGUAUUUCACUUUCUUGGGGCAAUAGGGCUUUCACAAAGCAGUCAGGCUAUAAGAUAAGAAAGGUAGGUUCUAGUGCAGAGGUUCCUUUUAUUAUAAAUUAUAUAUAAAAAACCUGUCAUUGAUGGACAUUCCACUAAGUUAGAAUGGUCAUUUUAUUGGCUCACAUCAUCAGGGUGACUUGAAGUCUCUGUAACUGUAACAAAAGUUUUAUGAGUUGUGUAAAGCAACGGUAACUAACUUGUGUCAAUAUGAUUUGGGCUUUAUAUAUCUCAAAGCUAUAAAAACUGUCAGUGUAAGCCAUACAUACAUUAUGACUAAGGAAUCAGUUAACCAAACAUACAAUGCAACAUACAGUGCAGCCAAGUAGCUUCUUGCACCAUGUACUCUCCUGUGUAUCGAGAUACUUUACCCUGAAUCUGAGCACAACCGUUUUCAAGAUUUACAGAAGACUGCAGUGAGACAAAAGCAUUUAAUUGCUAACUCAUCCUUUUACAGACACUAGUACUGAUUCAGGAUAUUCUUUUGUAACUGAUAGUUUGUUAGCAUAUUCUGCAUUUAUGGAGGAAAACAAGUUGCUUAACGUUAGACAUAAAAAUACAGAGUUAACUUCAGAAUCUGACAAAACUGGCAGUUUGUAUAGUGUGAAAGAUUAGUGCCCCCCUACCCAAUGUCAAUGGGCUUCAUUGUGUUAGGAAAUCUUAUCUUCUGGCAUCAGUGUCAAAGAAAGGAAUUAAUGCUGGCAAUAACUAUUUCCAAGUGGAUGGCUAAGAAUAUAAUAUAGGAUAAAACUUUUCAAGAUACUUUGCCUUUAAUUUCACUCCAGGCUGCAUUCCUACAUUAAAGGAUGUUACAUGGGAAAUCAUGGCAAUGACCCAGUUUAUUCCUUAUCGGUCUUUGCAAGCUAACUGUCCUUUGCCCUUAAAACUGAGAGUUCUUAUACAAUUGUAUAAAUAUUUAUAAGUAUAUUUAUAUAAUGCUUUAUAAAUGGAUGAUUUGACUAAAAGCACUCAGUGCUGCCACUUUUUGAGUUCUGCUCUCCAUUCCCUGUCCAGUAGUUGAGUCACAUCAGAGGUGACAUGUUGAGACUCUAAAUGAUAACUGAUCAUUGCCACAUUGUUCUCAAAGGGGACUAUUCCUCCACUAUACUGACCUCAGAAAGAGAACUGCAACAAUCAGAGAGAAAGGGAGUGCACUGGUGGUUGUGGGUGAAGGGAAAAUGGUGCUUCUAAAAUGAAGAAUCUUCUGAACCACAAAAUACACAAUUCAGAUGUGGCUGUGUAGGGAGAGGUGUAGCGGUAGUCUGUAUCAUUUAGUUCUAAAUGCUUUCCUGGGCUUCCAAGGGCUAAUUGAAAUGAUUAACUCUGACACUUGUGUGCAUGAAUCUAUUUGCACCUUCCCAACUGGUGAAUGUCUGAAGAAUUUGAGGUUUAAGAACACCAAGACUUAGUAUCUAGCAUUUGUCCAUGGGCUAUUCCUUGUCCACUAAAUUGAUUAAGGCUGCAAGUUUCUGUGGCUCUCCCCUGAUGUCCCUUUAUGUACAUGGGAAUGGGGGCCUUGGCAGUUCCAGUAACUCUUGUGUGAAAUUGUUUUUGUUUGGUUGGCGGAGGUGGGGGGAUGCUGAUUGUUCAAAGCCAUUUUCUGAUUGGGUAGUUGGUCCUUUUUGACAUCUUCACUCUGUUAUGAUUUCCCUAAAUAAUUCUGUACACACUUUACAUUGAAUGGAUGGAGUGAAACUUCUGUUUCCAAACCCCAUUCUUAAUUAAAUUUUGACUUUAGAUGCAAGGCAGCCAAAAGCCAUAAAAGCGCCUUUUUAUUUUCUCUUCCUGCUCAGUUGCAAGGAGCGGGACUCUCUCUUGUACUGGCCAUCUUGCAUUAAAAAUCUGAAUUUGGAGUCCUGAACCAGCUUUUAAUUCAGCUUUGUUAUAUUAAAAGCUGCCCACCCACCUCUCAAGCAGUCUGGUCUGGCAGGGAAGCAACAAUUCUACUUUAAAAAGAAGCCAUUCAUGCUUUUUUAGUGGAGGAGGUAUGAAAAGAAAAUCUGCCUCUUAUCCAGUCUGGCAAUGGUGCUCUGCACUAGAUUUUUAGCAUAAUGUAAGCUGAAUUGGGAGCCUGCAGCUUGCUCCCAGUUCAUUUUUAGGCAAAUAACAAUUUUAAAAAGAGCCCAGCUGUUGGACAGGGAAAGAGAUGAGGGAUUUCAGUUGUCAGCUGCCUUUUCUUUCUACUCUAUCCAGUGGCCCAACUGUACUUAACUACUGGGUGAUUAAUUUCUAAUACACUUGCAUAUUUCUCCAGUGAUCAGUAAACUGCCAUUUAAUCUCCCAAAUUUAUUUUCAUGAUUUUAAGCAAGUUGAAAGUAGCCAUUGGCCAGAAACUGAUGAAGAAAGGUAGCUGAGCUCACUGAGCUGGAGAUCUGAAGAGACAAGCUGUCAAAACUCCAGGGAACCUUAAAAGAAGGAGAAUAUAAUAAAAAAUAUAUCCAUAACGUACUACUUUCUCUUGUGCUGUGAACUAUAGUAGAAAGGUAUUUGGUGGAUUAAACCCCAUUCCUCAGAGAAACUGGCUUCUAAUGUUUUUUGGUUUGGGUUUUUUUGAGGACGCUCACAGUGGCAUGGGUCCUUAAUUUUAAGUAUCAGUAGCUGAGGUGGUGAUCACUUAUUGUACCAGUGCACACCCAUUGAGAAUUUUUCAUCUUAGAAAAGCGAGCUAGCUGCCUGACUUAGAUACACAGAAGGUUCAAAGAUAUAAAAUACUUCCUGCACUAUGGCUAUUUUCAGUUACUUCAUUUAACACUGUGAGUAGGUUCUGACAAUUGUGGACUGAAUAGCUGACAGGUCAUGGUCUAAAACAUGAUCUUUGUGCCAGGCCCUUGUAGCUUGUCUCUUCCCAAGAAGCAGUUAGUGCUUGUUCUGGUUGGGUCCUUUAUCUUUCAGUUCUUUACAUCUCUGCCAAAGUCCCAAGUUCCCCCAUAUACACAUCUGACUUAAGACCCGCAUUGCAAACAUUAACUACACAGUAUGGCUAAAGCAUUGUAGUUUGGACUCCAAAGAGUCAGUCAUAACUGUAAUUGGCCAGAGAGGCUCCUGUUAAGAGAGAUCUUCUCUCCUCAUUCUGAACCUUAAUGCAUUGCCUCUAACAGUCCUAGUCUUUGAAGGCUGGAGGAGUGAGACUGGGAAUCUAACCUGGGAUCUACAUAGAACAGAGCAUUGACUGGCAGGAAUGUAAGCUAGCCUGGUCAGAGGUUUUUUUGUAUUGCCACAGAAGGUGCCAUGUAAACAAAAACGUUGUCAAAUUGUUUCAUGACACUGAGGCUGAGAUGCACAUUACUUUGGAGUGGGCUGGGGAAAGGUCUCCCAUUACUUUGGAGUGGGCUGGAGAAAGGUCUCAUGCAAGGGAAGGUGGUGAUCUAAGGGGCUAGCAAAACAAAUGUUUGGAAGUGGACUUGAUGUGUAGCUUCAGGCAGGACUCUUAACCUAAAUGACUGGGUUGUUUGGUCUCACUAAUGAGUGUUACUUUGAUGGAUCUGUCAUGAGGAGUAUUAGAGAGUAGAGGUGUGUUUAUAGAAUGGGAGUCCAUAUCCUUGGCAGAUACGGGAGGAAAUAGCUAUCUCCACCCUCUCAGGUUAAUGAUAUUUCAAACUCUUACGUUUUGAGUCGUAGUUCCUUUUUUUAAAGGAGCAAUUUGUCCCAUAUGUUCCAUUUGUCUUGUUUUGCUCUCCAAAUCUGUUCAUUCCUUGAAAAUUAAUCAUGAGUAUUGCAGUUAAUCAUGACUAGGAGUUGAUGUGUACAGUAGCUUUAUAAACAUCAGAUUAAGAGAGCAUCAGUUAAAGGAUGAUGAUGAUAUGGGUUCAUCGCUACCGAGGAGGAAUUUGAGAUGAGUGACUCCCAGGAUCCUGGGAACCGUGGUCCUCUUAUAGUCAUCUCCUCCACUCCCAUGUAGAGCGAGCAAUCGCCUCUGUGCUAGGUUUCCAGACACAUUAUACAGUAUAGCAAGCUGACCGAAAGCUUCAACCUUGCAACACACUCUGCCCAGAGAAGGCAGUGAGGGCCUGAGCAUAAGCAACUGGGAGUCUUUCCACUGACUUCAGUGAGCUUUGAAUUAGGACCUAAAAGAUUGGUAUGUACACUCACAUCCUAAGCUUUGCUUCUGGAUGCACAUUGCACUCCCUGGCAAAUCACCAAACGUGCUCAUGCUCUUUCUUUUUGAAAUUGUCUAAUAGCCUUGUAAUUACAGGCUUUUACAGUCUUAUUUUUAAAGUGUUAUUAAAUUGUGGUGACACAGUAUAGUAUUACAAAGGGUGUCAGAGUUAUCAGGAGUUGUUUAAACAGCAUUUCCUUAGCUGUGCUACAUCAAAGCUUUUCGAAAAGAGCCAAAUCUGCUAGUGUCUUAGUACAGUAGAGUGAAAAACUUUGGGGGGUGGGGGAUGCAUUCCAUUGCUAGCUAGUGUGGAUAGUUGAAUAGAAAUUUAGGUGCCUGUAGUUUGUUAGUAUUAGUGUUGUAAAUACUCAGUUGCAUAUAAUUCUGCAUUUUUCAUCUGAGAUGCAUACAAACCUCUACUUCUGCUAUCAUGGUUUAUGCUGUUGCUAGAAACCAUUUGAUGAAAUACAGCCUUGCCUCAGACACUGGUGCACAAUCUUAAAAACUAGCAGAUGUAACAAAACCCUCACUGUCUUUCUGUUUCGGUAGACUUACCCACAUAGUUGUGCAGACUGCAGUUAAAAUGGGAUUUAUAGACUGAAAGGAACAGCUCAUUUCAAUGUUCCGUAUUCUUCUUGAUACUUCCCCAUAAUAUUUGUGCAUUUUACAGAAGUUUGAAUGAGCUAAAUAACUGACAGCACUAAGUACUCAGUCUGCUCAGAAUACAGCUUUGUUUUAAGAGUAUAAUUGACGUCCUGAAAUCUUAAAAUUUUUUUAAAAAACCCAGCUUGCCCUUCAGUAGCAAUAUUGGCCAAACAGAUUAAAUAUACCAACAGUUGGGUGCUAGUACAGUAUAACUACCUUUCACCUUUUCUGUUCUGAGUGUUUGGUCUGUGGAGCUCAAACAGAAUUGCAUAUGUAGCUAUGUGGUACAGCCCAGUAGAUUCUCAGUUGAGUGAUAUAUGACCUUCACAAUCAGUACUGUACAUGACUAAUUAGUGACAGUGAUGAUUAGAAUGUAACUUUUGGGGUAAGAAGUCUGUUUCUCCAUUUGUUGUGUUUGCUCUUCCCAACUGGAGUGCUGGGUCCACUAGCACUGAAGGACCAUAAAAAUUCAAUCUACAAAUCAUCAUUUUUCUAGGAGGGAAAUAAGGAACCACAUGAGAGAACUGAUUGGUCUUCUAUCCUUAUUCCAAAUGCCAAACCGUGUAAAGAUGAAUACAGAUAGACGAGUGAUUAAUGCUAUUCAUGUAUUGAAGUUGGCUGAAAAUUUGUUACAGAGACUCUUCUGGGUGAAACUGGAUGUAUCCUUUGAGAUGUCCCUUUAACAGUUAUCCUUGUAGUGGCUUUGUGGACUAGAUACUAGCUGUUUUUCCCCCACUCUUCUUGCCUAAUUCAGCAGUUCUACUGAAUCAAUUUACAGUCAUGUUUUAGGUGUUUGUUUGUUUGUUUUUCUUCACCCUUUCUUUUACCAAGCUAGUAGUUAACAGUGAUGCAGUCCAGGACAUGGAGGUCUAUGGACAUGGUUUUGCUAUAUUAAGUAUAAAUACUGAGCCUUCAGUCACGUGAAGGAUAGGUAGGCAUGCCUUUGUCAUGCUGUGUUAACAUUUCUGGUUAUGCUAUUUUUUAAAAAGCAAUCUUCCCCUGUUAUGUAAAGGCUGGAGUGUUCUUUUUAAUCAAAUAACUCAAAAUUGGGCAAAGUAUUGACCCAUAUAAAUGUGCCAGACACCUACUUGGUUGGAAUUUUCAUUAAUUUCCAGAUUCGAACUAGUUCCUCUGCAAAUUAAUCAGAACAGAUUUCGACAACUGCUGUUGAAAUCUGUGUACAUUACUGCUACAGGCAUUCUAAAAGAAUUAUUUUACAAGGAUUUUCCCUUGUAUGCCAGAAAAGUGCUUGAUUUUUAUUCCAGCUCAGUUAUGAUCUGCUGUUUACUUUUUGAACCUGUGAGGUUAAUAGACGCAGCCUUGUGUCAUACAGGAGAAUUUUAUUCGAAUCUCUUAAUAGUUAGCUGUGAGAUCAUUUACAGUGUCUAUCCAGUCCCAGUAAAAAUGGCCAUACUGGCAUUUUAUUGAAGAAUGCAGCACUUAGUGUCACUGCCUUAUGCCUUAAAUUGCCUCAGUUUUGUCAUCUACCAUUAUGCAAAAAUUCAUUACUAAUAAUUAUAGAAAUUCUGGACUCGGUCACUGUCAGUUGUCAUUAUUUCUACCAGUACACCUUCAGUACAGAAGAGAGUAAUAAUCCUAUAUCUUAUAAUUGUUUAAAGGUAUAGGAACUUUUGAGUCAUAAGAGGAUGUAGUAUAAACCUAGAUGGAGGGGGAUGUGGUGCUAUUUUAUAGAACAGCUUUAAUUGACAAAAAUGUGAAUCAAACUCAACUGAGUCUGAGAAGUGUGGUGUCUAACCAGGCACAUCGUGCACUCUGCUACAAGAUGUCUGUUUAUGGGAUUGGCUCCUCCAGUUGGUAAACGUAGUUUUUAACUGUGCAAAAUUGUGACUUUGCCUGUCAUUUUGUACAGCAGCAAUUUUCUUUAAUUAUGAUGCAACUAAGUGGGGGGAGGAGGAGAAGUCUUUGGAAGAUUUCAGCUCACUGUGCUGGGAGGGACCAAACUCAAGGAAACCUCUCUAAUCUAUAUAAACAACUGCUGCAUUUUUUAUAAAUAUAUGUAAAUGUCCUAUUGUAAUAUUUGAUCCUGGAAAUAAAACAAACUGUUUUCAGUA